AUGGAAAAGUCAUUCGCUAAUCUACUGCGACACUCUCGCUUAGCAUCUUAUGAUCGCACAUUAGAACAAGUAUACACUUCACCAAAACGUUAUAGAAAGAUUGGCGACUGGGGUUUGAAGCGCAAUUUGCCCACAGUGAUUCGCACCAAAAAUGUCACUAUUGGAGCACUGGAUACAGCCGAACAUCAAACACCAUGGGAAUCAGGCGAUGGAAAAGUGUUGUUUAUCAAACGCUGGAAGGAGAACUUUCCCAAUUCCAAGAAGCCUUCACCUCGUCCUGAAGAGAUUCAACAUAAUGCAGCUACUAUGACCCCUGCUGAAUUUCAACGUUUAUUGAAGCGUUCAGAAAAGUACAAAGCAAAGGAAUUCCAAGAGAAGCUCAAAAACAAAGAACUGAUCCCUGAGCAAGUGUUUGAUUACCUUCAAGUCAAUUUUGCAACUGAUACAAGCGAAACGACUGGAAACAAUGUUGGAGGUGGCGUUGUAGGUCCUACUUACUCAGAUCAUCAAGUGGGCUGGGAUUAUCCAGUACAAGGCCGUAUCUUGAACAUGGAUAGAAUGGGCCAUUCUGUCGGUAUUGGUGGUGUGGUGGCUACUCUGAACAAGCGUAGUGCCCUUGGACUUCGCAACAGUGGUGACAGAAGAGUACAGACAUUCUUUGUUCGCAAGGCAGAAUUAGAUGAGCAAGGUAAACCCAAGGUUGAGGUGACACUUCAGUCCAAGGGAGCUACUUCGUCCAUCCCUCUUUUGAACAACUACGAUUCUUUUGAUUCAUUUGAUCACUACAACAUGAAAAACAAGCAUGCCAACAUGACAGCUGACGAAAUGAUGCACCCUAAUAGACACCGUCGCCAUAGUCAACACCACAACAACUCACAAGGCGGAUCUGCUGAAGACGACAAUGUGACUCCCAACCCUGAACAUACUGAAUUAAUGGCCCGUAUUGCUGGUUUAUUAGAUAAUAGCAAGGAUACUAAAUAA